AUGAACAAUCUUCCAUAUGAUAGGCACUAUGAAGGAGUGCCGCCGAAUGGCGGCGAAGAAGAUCGGAUACCUGCUGACGAUUUGAUGCGUGCCAUGCACUCCAACAUGGCCGAGUCAAGCUUUAGUUUAUCGGAUUCACCGUACUUAUACGGUACUGUGGAUCCCAAUAGCUCUCGCGCCUCUCUGAUCCCUAAUGCCGACAAUUCCCCCGUCUCGCCUGCACGCAAGCAUGACAUUUCGCAUGAUGCUUCCUCUCCCAUGCUUGACUAUCAUCAUGUCAACUUGGAUGGAGCCUCAGUAACAAGGCAUGGUCACCCUUUGUACACGUCUCCUACUUCACCCCUUGGCUACACAGACAGUGUGGAUCAUUCUGAGUCGUCCUCGAUCAUGAUGCAGCCGCCUCACAGAGUUCUUGUCGACGAUGACGCCUCCAAAGAUAGCGGCGACGAGGUACCUAUCGCAACUUUGGUUGAUUCAUACAUGAACAAAUCAAGCAGCGGGUUCCGUGAAGGCGACACUUUCGUCACAAAUAACCUACACGGGCGCACAGGCUACCGUGAUGAAGACAGUGAAAUAUCUGACUCGGAUAGCGAACUGGAUCCCUUCCCCUGGAUGACGAUGGCUGAUGUGAAAGAGUCUGAUGAUGUGAUCCAUAAUCCCGACGUCGCAUCUCCCAAGAGCAGAUUCGAGCCGUGGCGCGCAGUAUUCAACUUGGGCACUAUCUUUAUUCUAGUUCUCUCGAUCCUAAUGUUGUUCGCCGGCUACCCCAUCUUGCAUAAUUACACUGAAAGACAAAACAACGACCAACUGUCGCAGACCAUGGGGCACUUACAGUACACGAACCCCCAGUUCCCUUCUGGAGCCCCACUUAGGCGGAUCAACAACUCAAAAGUGACAGAAAAACUCGAUUCCACAUCUCCAAUGUUGAUCGAUCCUGAUACCCCUGACGACGCAUACGAAGUCACUUCUCAUUACACGGGUGAUAACAAAAAACGCCGCCUCAAGCUGGUGUUCUCAGACGAGUUUAAUACAGAUGGUCGUUCUUUUUAUCCGGGUGAAGACCCAUUUUGGGAAGCUGCUGACUUACAUUACUGGGCCACUAGCAACUAUGAGUGGUACGAUCCCGCUUCUGUUACCACGAAGGACGGUUCAUUGAGAAUUAACCUCGAUUAUCACCCCGAGCAUAAUCUCUAUUUCCGCGGUGGCAUGCUGCAGUCUUGGAACAAGUUUUGCUUCAGAAAUGGUCUCCUUACUGCGAAGAUUCAAAUGCCUGGCUUCAACAAUGUCUCGGGUCUUUGGCCUGCUUUCUGGAUGAUGGGCAACUUAGGCCGCGCAGGUUAUGGCGCAACGUUGGAAGGAACGUGGCCCUACUCUUACGACGUUUGCGAUGUUGGAACUGUCAUGAACCAGACUCUGUACAAUGACAAGUAUCCCCAUGGCUACCCACCUAUGGCACAGGAGCUAGGCGGUGCCGCAAUUUUCAACAUGAAGCACAAUUCCACAUCAAUAUCAUUUCUACCGGGUCAAAAACUUUCUCGGUGCACUUGUCCUGGCGAAGACCAUCCAGGUCCGUUCAAGGAUGGGGAGUUUGCGGGUCGCUCAGCGCCUGAAAUUGAUGUAUUUGAAGGGCAAGUAUCUGGGGAUGAUGAUUUCAGAUACGGUCAAGUAUCUCAAUCAUUUCAAAUGGCACCAUUUAACUGGCAGUACAACAUCACAUGGCAGUUUGGGAAAAAAGCGUCAUAUCACUUUUUCGAUAACAAAACAGGUACUCUGUUGAAUCCUUAUACUGGCGAGUACACGCAACAAGCGAUGAGUGGUGCGCACAUGACGAAUCAAGGUGCAUACCAGUACACCGCCAACGAUACAGACACGUCUAAAGAAGGAAAUUUUUCUGAGUAUUCUUUGGAAUAUCGUGGCGGACCUGAAGGCUAUGUGGUCUGGACAUGCGACGGCAAACCUUCUUGGGAGCUCUUUCCUAAAGCUAUCUAUCCUGAUCCAUUGGCUAAAGUGGAUCACCGUCAGUUUUCGAAGGAGCCCAUGUACAUCAUUCUAAAUCUUGGUAUGUCAAGGGCGUUUGGUGCUGUCGAUUGGGAGACCAUUCCCAAGUACUUCCCUCACGUCAUGGCCGUGGACUGGAUACGUGUAUAUCAGGAUCCCGAUGACCCAGAAGCCGAUAUUGGAUGUGAUCCAGAUGAUAUGCCGACGGCGGCCUACAUCAAUCGUCAUAUCGAGGCAUACACGAAUCCGAACCUGACGGCUUGGGGUGGUGAGCGAAAAGAUGGUGGUUAUGGUGCACACUGGCCUAGGAAUCGUCUCUAUGUGGAUGGGUGUAAAGCAAAACCAUCUACGGAGCCCGGUGAGACUAAUCCUAAAUACCGUAAGCAAUACCAGACUAUCCCUGCUGAUGACGUCACGAAAAAACCUGGCUCUGAGGGCAAAUGGAUGGACGUUUACAAUGUCACAGUGGCCCCUGACGCAGCCGUAAAGAAGUGGUAG